AUGGUGCGCAUGACACUGGCUGUGUAUUGCCUGAGCAACUACAGCCAAGACUGCGCAAUAGAGUUUGCUGAGAAUGCUCGGAAGCGACGUGCCUUGCAGGUGCCCAGCCUUGAUGAUGCACCAUGUCCCAUUCGGGAUUUGUUCCUACGAGCUGACCUUGCUGACUUGAUUGCUAUUUUCGUGCCUGAAACCAAACAGCAUUGGUGUGUGCGCGCCACAGCUUGCAAGUAUUUGGCAGAAAGGUACACUGCCCAAUGGGUGGCAAAGCAAAAUUUUUCCGUUGGCAGGGCCCCAACUGGGUGCAUGCUGGUGGACCAAUUUGUUGCGCAAUUUCAGCGCUUUGGCUUUCAAGCCCGCUUUGGUAUGGACCCGCCGCGAGCCGGAAGGUGCCCAAGAUUGGGACGCAUGGCCAGGAAGUGGUGCCAGCAGAUGCGGCGAAAAUGGGGCUUGCGGCGGGGACAUCUACAGGAAGGAGAGCUGCUAACCAGGGAGGAGGUCAUUCAGAAGGUGUUGUGCAGGGGCAUGCGUUGUGAGAAGCACGUUGCCCCACAACAGGUUCGUAUCUUCUGGCAUUGGGUGGAUUACUUGGCACAGGAGUGUGCAGCAUUGGGGAAGAUUCCUUGUUAUAUCAACUUGGACGAGACUAGCGUGGCACGGUGUUUGGGGAGGCCUGUGGGCUUCCUCGCUUCUCGAGCAAUGUGGCCAGGGCAGACGGCCCCACGCCGCCGAAUUUCCAAACAAUUGAAGCGCACAGCUGUCACACACGUGGUAUUGAUGACAAAUCUCCCCCAAGUACAGCCAAAGCUGCCUCAAUUCUUCUUGUGCAACCGCCAUGUAGUGCCUGUAAGUGCUUUGAAGAAUCCCGCUCUACAGAAGCCACCUCAAGUGGAGUUUUGGCGCGGGGUGUCUGGCUGGAACAGCGUGGAGAAAAUGGAAUGGAUAUUGGCGCAAAUUCGCAAUGCCAUGCUGGAGUUUCCUGACAUGCAAACAGUCCUCUUGCUUGAUGUGGCGAUGUGCCACAUCCAUCCUCGGGUGGCUGCUGCUGCAGAGCGGCUGGGCAUAUGGUUGGUGUUUGUACCGGCGAAGUUGACAUUUUUGGUGCAGCCGCUGGAUGUGUAUGCGCUGGCUCCAUACAAGGCGUGCUUGGCCAAACUUUUUGCAGAGAAGGAAGAUGAACAUGGGGUUCUUGACGCGCUGUCAUGGCUGCAGUGCCUGUGCAAAGCUGCGACUACCUUUUGGUGUGCUAGGAAGUGGUUGCCUGCUUUCGAGAAGACCGGAGUUGUGCAGACCGCAGGAGCUUUGACUGUGGAGCUGGAGCAUGCAGGUGUGCCCCGAGUGGCGCAAAUACCAUUCAUGCCUCCAAGCAGGGAAGAUAUUGAAGCUAUCUUCCCGCGAGGAAAAAGAAGCGCUCAGUGCCCCAUGACAGAGACGGUACUUCCAGAAGAAGUGCAGCUAACUGUGCCCAUGAUGGAUUUGAACGCGUUGAAGGUGCAAAGGGCAUUGCUCAAGCGCCAGCUCAAGGUUUGCUCCAAGACGUUGAAAGCGCAGGAACAGAAACGAAGGCGCCUGCUCAAGAAAGCGGGAGAUCUUGGAGAUGAGGACUUGCUAUGGUUGCUGCGGCGCCGUCAAGGUCUGGCCUUGCCACUUUUUACUUCAGCAGAGGCGCGGACCGCGGAUAAGCUUCAGGGUGAUCCAGAAAAUGUUAGUGUGACUGCCAUGGCUGACCCAGCGGCCAUGCCCGCCAUCGCCAUGGAGGAGGUUGAGACAGCCGCAAAGGCAUUGCUGCCCACCGUGGAUGUUAGUGGCAUGAGUCUGAAAGAGUUUCGUGAAGCAUUGUGCGAACACUGUGGUCUGCCACCAAAUAGUUUAGACUUUCGGAAGGAUGAAGUCAACGACCUUGUGAAAAGGCUGCUAAACCCUGAGACUUGUCACAACCCUGCAGCAAAGAUUGUGAAGGAGUUGGGCCCGGAGAAGGCAGAUCACCGGGGAUGGGUCUACUUAGCCACAGUUUCUCGUGUCUUGGAACAGACGCGAGAAUCCAACCAGGAUUUGUGUGAGAUUGCAUUGCUGUCGCGUGAAGACAUCGCCGUGAAAUUUCGCGAUGCUUUUGACAAUCCUUUGAGGGCUGGAAAAGGUGGCCGACCAAGUGGAACCACUGGCAUUGUGAAAUAUCUAGUUGUUGUGCAGGAGGAGCAUGAAGGUGGGGAAGUGCAUUUUCAUGUAGCCUUGAAAUUGAACACGCAGCGGCAGUUUUUGCCAGUGAAGAAGACUUUGCGCACCCGGCAUAGAUUGGCAGUCCAUUUUUCGUGCAGCCACACCCAGUUCUGGAGUGCUCUCAGGUAUUGCAUCAUCCCAACGCUGCAGAAGCCGAAGGUAGAUGAAACACCAUAUGCUUGGUCCAGUGACGGAGCCCCGCUGGACCUGUAUGAGUUGUCUCAAAGGCCUUGGAUGGCCGCAGUUUGGAAGCGACACCGUGAAGAUGCAGAAAAGGAAGCGAGUGCAGCAGGCAAGAGAGCACGCUUCACCAAGUUAGACCUCACCGCGAUCAUUUUGGCUAAGCAGCUCCGGUCAAAGCAUGAAGUUUUAGAAUAUGCGCAAAACUUUGGUUGCCAGAGCAUGCAGCAGUUUGUCAGUAACAAGCAGCGGCAGCUGUCAGAGUUUCUUCAAGACGCUUGGGAAUGGAACUCCGCCCCCGCUGAAGCUGCCAAAGACCGUCAGUCUGGGUGGGAGGUGGUAUGUGCUUUGUCUGCGAAGCAGUGCCCCUUUGGGGCGGAUUGCGGUUACGCUGCUGCUGCCACGCGGAUCUUCGAUGCAAACUCUGAUACGCUCCGCAAAGACCAUCUGGCAACUUGCUUGCGAGAUAUCAUCUUGACUGGACCUUCGAAAACAACCCGAACCCCUUUGCUAGCUGGCGCAACCAACACAGGAAAGACGACUCUUGUCUUGCCAUUUGACCAGGUCUUUGGCCCCGACCGAGUCUUUCACAAGCCAGCACUUGGAUCGAAGUUUGCGUUGCGGAACAUCUUGCGCCACAAGCGCUUUCUCCUCUGGGAUGAUUACCGUCCAGUAGAGUUUGCCCAGUGCACGGUCCAGGUCUCAACUUUCUUGUCGUUGUUCACGGGCCAGCCAUUUGAAGUGCAGGUCUCACAAUCUUUCACAGAUGGCAAUAUAGACUUCAAAUGGCAGCAAGGUUGCGUCCUGACCGCCAAAGCAGAAGGUUUGUGGCAACCGCUUGGCUGUGUUUCGCAGGAGGACAUCAGGUCACUGUCCAGGAUUGGAAAGAACUCGGCCCAUUUGCUUCUCUCGGGCUUUUUGAACAACGGCGUCUUCUCGCAGCAGUGCAACGCGGAGAAGCAGCGACAACAACUUUGUGACAGAAGUGGCAUCGAGACCAGUAGUGUUUUUGGAGACUGGAGGGUGUACCUUCUCAGUGUCAACAAGCAUAACAGCAGAGAGUUGGCUGCUGUUCGCCGAGAGAUCAAACAGCGACAAAGGCGAGAGAGCCGUGAGCGAGCAGAUAUGCUUCGGUGGGGCUUGACAGCACACAUGGUGCGCAUGACACUGGCUGUGUAUUGCCUGAGCAACUACAGCCAAGACUGCGCAAUAGAGUUUGCUGAGAAUGCUCGGAAGCGACGUGCCUUGCAGGUGCCCAGCCUUGAUGAUGCACCAUGUCCCAUUCGGGAUUUGUUCCUACGAGCUGACCUUGCUGACUUGAUUGCUAUUUUCGUGCCUGAAACCAAACAGCAUUGGUGUGUGCGCGCCACAGCUUGCAAGUAUUUGGCAGAAAGGUACACUGCCCAAUGGGUGGCAAAGCAAAAUUUUUCCGUUGGCAGGGCCCCAACUGGGUGCAUGCUGGUGGACCAAUUUGUUGCGCAAUUUCAGCGCUUUGGCUUUCAAGCCCGCUUUGGUAUGGACCCGCCGCGAGCCGGAAGGUGCCCAAGAUUGGGACGCAUGGCCAGGAAGUGGUGCCAGCAGAUGCGGCGAAAAUGGGGCUUGCGGCGGGGACAUCUACAGGAAGGAGAGCUGCUAACCAGGGAGGAGGUCAUUCAGAAGGUGUUGUGCAGGGGCAUGCGUUGUGAGAAGCACGUUUCGGCUUCGGUUUUUUUGGGUGUGCUGGCCUUAUGUUUGAAAGCCCCGCCUGUGGGCUUCCUCGCUUCUCGAGCAAUGUGGCCAGGGCAGACGGCCCCACGCCGCCGAAUUUCCAAACAAUUGAAGCGCACAGCUGUCACACACGUGGUAUUGAUGACAAAUCUCCCCCAAGUACAGCCAAAGCUGCCUCAAUUCUUCUUGUGCAACCGCCAUGUAGUGCCUGUAAGUGCUUUGAAGAAUCCCGCUCUACAGAAGCCACCUCAAGUGGAGUUUUGGCGCGGGGUGUCUGGCUGGAACAGCGUGGAGAAAAUGGAAUGGAUAUUGGCGCAAAUUCGCAAUGCCAUGCUGGAGUUUCCUGACAUGCAAACAGUCCUCUUGCUUGAUGUGGCGAUGUGCCACAUCCAUCCUCGGGUGGCUGCUGCUGCAGAGCGGCUGGGCAUAUGGUUGGUGUUUGUACCGGCGAAGUUGACAUUUUUGGUGCAGCCGCUGGAUGUGUAUGCGCUGGCUCCAUACAAGGCGUGCUUGGCCAAACUUUUUGCAGAGAAGGAAGAUGAACAUGGGGUUCUUGACGCGCUGUCAUGGCUGCAGUGCCUGUGCAAAGCUGCGACUACCUUUUGGUGUGCUAGGAAGUGGUUGCCUGCUUUCGAGAAGACCGGAGUUGUGCAGACCGCAGGAGCUUUGACUGUGGAGCUGGAGCAUGCAGGUGUGCCCCGAGUGGCGCAAAUACCAUUCAUGCCUCCAAGCAGGGAAGAUAUUGAAGCUAUCUUCCCGCGAGGAAAAAGAAGCGCUCAGUGCCCCAUGACAGAGACGGUACUUCCAGAAGAAGUGCAGCUAACUGUGCCCAUGAUGGAUUUGAACGCGUUGAAGGUGCAAAGGGCAUUGCUCAAGCGCCAGCUCAAGGUUUGCUCCAAGACGUUGAAAGCGCAGGAACAGAAACGAAGGCGCCUGCUCAAGAAAGCGGGAGAUCUUGGAGAUGAGGACUUGCUAUGGUUGCUGCGGCGCCGUCAAGGUCUGGCCUUGCCACUUUUUACUUCAGCAGAGGCGCGGACCGCGGAUAAGCUUCAGGUGAAUCAGAUUUUUGCAGCCAGGGGAAUUGAAAGUCUUGUGAUUCGUAAGCGCCUGUGUCCAAAAUCAUGUGUUUGGAGAAGCUGUUUCAAUCAAACUAUGUUGCAGGGUGAUCCAGAAAAUGUUAGUGUGACUGCCAUGGCUGACCCAGCGGCCAUGCCCGCCAUCGCCAUGGAGGAGGUUGAGACAGCCGCAAAGGCAUUGCUGCCCACCGUGGAUGUUAGUGGCAUGAGUCUGAAAGAGUUUCGUGAAGCAUUGUGCGAACACUGUGGUCUGCCACCAAAUAGUUUAGACUUUCGGAAGGAUGAAGUCAACGACCUUGUGAAAAGGCUGCUAAACCCUGAGACUUGUCACAACCCUGCAGCAAAGAUUGUGAAGGAGUUGGGCCCGGAGAAGGCAGAUCACCGGGGAUGGGUCUACUUAGCCACAGUUUCUCGUGUCUUGGAACAGACGCGAGAAUCCAACCAGGAUUUGUGUGAGAUUGCAUUGCUGUCGCGUGAAGACAUCGCCGUGAAAUUUCGCGAUGCUUUUGACAAUCCUUUGAGGGCUGGAAAAGGUGGCCGACCAAGUGGAACCACUGGCAUUGUGAAAUAUCUAGUUGUUGUGCAGGAGGAGCAUGAAGGUGGGGAAGUGCAUUUUCAUGUAGCCUUGAAAUUGAACACGCAGCGGCAGUUUUUGCCAGUGAAGAAGACUUUGCGCACCCGGCAUAGAUUGGCAGGCCAUUUUUCGUGCAGCCACACCCAGUUCUGGAGUGCUCUCAGGUAUUGCAUCAUCCCAACGCUGCAGAAGCCGAAGGUAGAUGAAACACCAUAUGCUUGGUCCAGUGACGGAGCCCCGCUGGACCUGUAUGAGUUGUCUCAAAGGCCUUGGAUGGCCGCAGUUUGGAAGCGACACCGUGAAGAUGCAGAAAAGGAAGCGAGUGCAGCAGGCAAGAGAGCACGCUUCACCAAGUUAGACCUCACCGCGAUCAUUUUGGCUAAGCAGCUCCGGUCAAAGCAUGAAGUUUUAGAAUAUGCGCAAAACUUUGGUUGCCAGAGCAUGCAGCAGUUUGUCAGUAACAAGCAGCGGCAGCUGUCAGAGUUUCUUCAAGACGCUUGGGAAUGGAACUCCGCCCCCGCUGAAGCUGCCAAAGACCGUCAGUCUGGGUGGGAGGUGGUAUGUGCUUUGUCUGCGAAGCAGUGCCCCUUUGGGGCGGAUUGCGGUUACGCUGCUGCUGCCACGCGGAUCUUCGAUGCAAACUCUGAUACGCUCCGCAAAGACCAUCUGGCAACUUGCUUGCGAGAUAUCAUCUUGACUGGACCUUCGAAAACAACCCGAACCCCUUUGCUAGCUGGCGCAACCAACACGGGAAAGACGACUCUUGUCUUGCCAUUUGACCAGGUCUUUGGCCCCGACCGAGUCUUUCACAAGCCAGUACUUGGAUCGAAGUUUGCGUUGCGGAACAUCUUGCGCCACAAGCGCUUUCUCCUCUGGGAUGAUUACCGUCCAGUAGAGUUUGCCCAGUGCACGGUCCAGGUCUCAACUUUCUUGUCGUUGUUCACGGGCCAGCCAUUUGAAGCGCAGGUCUCACAAUCUUUCACAGAUGGCAAUAUAGACUUCAAAUGGCAGCAAGGUUGCGUCCUGACCGCCAAAGCAGAAGGUUUGUGGCAACCGCUUGGCUGUGUUUCGCAGGAGGACAUCAGGCACAUGCAAAGUCGGGUGACCGUGUUUCCCAUCAACAGCCAAGUCCCCAACUUGAGAGACAUUGAUCCUUGCCCUGUGUGUUUGUGCAAAUGGGUGACAAGCGGGGCUGCUGCGCAUGAUGCAGCUAUCGUGCUUCAGAGCCCUUUGCAAGUUGCACCACCAACGCUUGCCGGAACUUUGUUGCCUGGCUUGGCA